UCUACCAAGCUGUUGAAUAGCCUAGCUACUGCCGUCUUAGUUAACACCAGAAGUUGGGCUUAUAAUGGGGCACGGCUGUUAGGUAUUUGUGCGCUAACAUUCAGGAAAGAUCGACUGCGAUGCCAACGGGAGUAAAUGAGUAAACAUAGGCUAGCCUACUACUCAUAAUAAGACCUUACGAUUGAUUUGCAAUAAGAUGUACCUGACGUUUGUCGAGGGACGCUAAAAAAAUCAAGAUGAUGAAAAGAGCAAGAGUAAACAUCACAUCAAAAUGCCAAGGCUUUCCCAGCGCCGAUGGCCGCAUUAAAAGACAAAAAACAGAGCUCCUGGGACCCUUUUUGGCACAGAGACCAGCGGAGGACUGGGGCAAUUUGCCACAUCAUGUGGUCCUGCAAAUCUUUCAGUAUCUGUCCCUAGUGGACAGGGCCAGAGCUUCAUCGGUGUGUCGUCGCUGGAAUGAAGUCUUUCAUAUUCCGGAUCUGUGGCGGCGAUUUGAGUUUGAGCUAAACCAACCGGCCACGUCGUACUUGAAGUCCACACACCCUGAUCUCAUUCAGCAGAUAAUUAAGAGGCACGCCCAGCACCUGCAGUAUGUCAGCUUCAAGGUAGACAGCUGCACUGAGUCCGCAGAGGCAGCAUGUAAUAUCUUGUCCCAGCUGGUGAACUGCACCAUAAAAACACUGGGUCUCAUCUCAACAGCUCGGCCCAGUUUCAUGGACGUGUCACAGUCACACUUUGUGUCGGCACUGACGGUGGUGUUUGUGAACUCCAAGUCGCUGUCUUCCAUUAAAAUUGACGACACGCCCGUGGACGACCCCUCCCUGAAGGUGCUGGUGGCGAACAACAGCGACACGCUGAAGCUGCUUAAGAUGAGCAGUUGUCCCCAUGUGUCCCCAGCCGGUAUCCUGUGUGUGGCUGACCAGUGCCAUGGCCUGCGAGAGCUGGCGCUCAAUUACCACCUGCUGAGUGAUGAGCUGCUGCUGGCGCUCUCCUCGGAGAAGCACGUCCACCUGGAGCACCUGCGGAUCGACGUGGUCAGCGAGAACCCGGGCCAGACGCACUUCCACGCCAUCAAGCGCAGCAGCUGGGAGGCGCUCGUCAGCCACUCACCCAAGGUCAACAUCGUCAUGUACUUCUUUCUGGAGGAGGAGGAGUUCGAGCCCUUCUUCCGCGAGGAGACGCCCGUCACGCACCUGUACUUCGGCCGCGCCGUCAGCAAGGACAUGCUGGGCCGCAUCGGGCUCAACUGCCCGCGGCUGGUCGAGCUGGUGGUGUGCGCCAACGGCCUGGAGCCGCUGGACGAGGAGCUGAUCCGCAUCGCCGAGCGCUGCAAGAAUCUGACGGCCAUCGGCCUGGGCGAGUGCGAGGUGACGUGCAGCGGCUUCAUGGAGUUCGUCAAGAAGUGCGGGGGCCGGCUCACGCAGCUGUCCAUCAUGGAGGAGGUGCUCAUCCCCGACAACAGCUACAACAUGGAGCAGGUCCACAGCGAGGUGUCCAAGCACCUGGGCCGCCUGUGGUACCCCGACAUGAUGCCCACGUGGUAGGCCCGUGGUACCCCGACAUGAUGCCCACGUGGUAGGCCUGUGGUACCCCGACCCCCCGGUUACACGCACACACACACACACACACACACACACACACACACUCUCAUGUGUACAUGCGUACACCUUACAUACUGUACAUACUGGACAUCCCCAUCAUCACACUUGGAAGACACAGACUAUGACUUUGCUGUUCCGGAACUCCUUUGUGUGGUUGCCCUGUAGAAAUUUGCAGAGAUUUCUUUUUUUCUAUUCAUGUUGGUCUCUGUGGGUUAUGUGUCUGUGAGAUUGAAAUGAAAGAGAUGGGUUUGUGGACGUUUGAUGGUCAGUGAUGUCGGUUAUAUGUAAUGACCUAUUCUGUCUGCUUAGAUAGAAUUAGGUUCUGUAUUUUCUGUCUUUUUCCAGUUAUAAUUAUGCUUUGAUAUGCAUCUGUUUACUAUUUAAUUAGACAUUUCACUGUGUGAAAUAAUUGGUACGGCAAUCUAUCAAGUGGAUUAUAUCUUUUUAAAACUUGUACAUAUUUAUGUUAUAUGUCUUGUUUCAUGAAUAACAUUUGAUAUUCUUGUUAAAAAUCUUUUAACGGCAGACUUUUAAAGCUUGAGGUGUUAAAGAAAUCUGUGCAUUUACAUUUUACAAUUUAGACACAAUGUCUAUCAUUAAAAAAAAUGUCAUAGAGGUUUAUACUGCACCUUAAGCAAAUGCAUUUUUUUAAUGUAAGAUUUUGUAUGUGUAGUUAUCGGACAGUGCACUAUUUUACUUGAAGCUGCCGAAAACAAAGCAAAGGGAUGCUCAUAUUUUCUCUUUUGAAAAGGGGAGUCAGUUUUUAAUAUUAAGGGACACCUUUCUGUUUCAGCUGUUCCACCACAUUUUGUGUUUGCCUUUUGUGCAAAUGUGAUGUUUGUUUGGUUGUGCCAUGAUCACAGAACAUACUUUCUUUUUUUUACUAGGGUUUCCUACCUCCUUGUAAUUAAGAAAAUAAGUUUCUGUGAACUGACAUGUAUGUUAGUAGCUAGUCAGUAAAAGACCAUAUCUGAGAAACUGCAGAAAAUAAAAUUGUACUUUUGACACUG